AAAAGCACUCCCAGCCAUGGGCUCGGGGUGCAGGAGACCUGGGGGGUCUCCCGUGCUGCUAUUGCUGCUGUGGCUUCCCGCGUGUCCUCUGCGGAGCACUCGGAUGUUUCCAGGGAAUGCCCGUGGAGAGCUAGUCACGCCCCACUUGAUCCUGGAGGGCGGAUUCCGGCGCAAGGUCACCCUGGAGGAGCCGAUCUUGAAGCCUGAGUCCGUGCUGGUGGCUUUAAAGGCUGAAGGCCAGGAUCUCCUGCUUGAAUUGGAGAAGAACCAGCUCCUGGCCCCAGGCUACACAGAAACCCACUACAGCCAGGAUGGGCUGCCCAGAGUGACGUCCCCCAACCACAAGGAUCUUUGCCUCUAUCGCGGGCACGUGAGGGGCUUCCGGGAGUCCUGGGUGGUUCUCAGCACCUGCUCUGGGAUGAGCGGCCUUAUUGUGCUCAGCGACAAAGUCGGCUAUUAUCUGCAACCCCGGGCUCCUGGGGACACCAAGGACUUCCCAACCCACAAGAUCUUCCGGAUGGAGCAGUUGUUCACCCGGGGAGGGGUCCGGAGAGACAAGAACUCUCAAUACAAAGCAGGAAUGGCCAAUCUUCCUCAUGUCCCCCAGAACCGGGUGCGGCGAGAGGCCCGCAGGAGUCCCAGGUACCUGGAACUGUACAUAGUGGCUGACCACACCCUGUUCUUGCUUCAUCAUCAGAACUUGAACCACACAAGACAGCGCCUCCUGGAAGUUGCCAGUUGCGUGGACCAGAUUCUCAGGACUCUGGAUAUUCACUUGGUGUUGACGGGGCUGGAAGUGUGGACCGAGCGGGAUCUCAGUCGCGUCACACAGGACGCCAACGAAACGCUCUGGGCUUUUCUACAGUGGCGCCGUGGGCUGUGGGCCAGGAGACCACACGACUCCACACAACUGCUCACGGGCCGCACCUUCCGGGGUACCACGGUGGGCCUGGCGCCGGUGGAGGGCAUGUGCCGCGCAGAGAGCUCCGGAGGUGUGAGCACAGACCACGCGGAGCUCCCCAUCGGCACAGCAGCCACCAUGGCCCACGAGAUAGGCCACAGCCUGGGCCUCCACCACGACCCAGAGGGCUGCUGCGUGGAGGCAAACGCCGAGCAAGGAGGCUGCGUCAUGGAGGCAGCCACAGGGCGCCCUUUCCCGCGCGUCUUCAGCGCCUGCAGCCGCCGCCAGCUGCGCACCUUCUUCCGCAAAGGGGAAGGUACGUGCCUCUCCAAUGUCACCGCGCCGGGGCUCCUGGUGCUGCCCAGCCGCUGUGGAAACGGCUUCGUGGAAGCAGGAGAAGAGUGCGAUUGCGGCUCUGGCCAGAAGUGCCCAGAUCCCUGCUGCUUUGCCCACAAUUGCUCCCUGCGUGCAGGGUCGCAAUGCGCUCACGGUGAUUGCUGUGCGAGGUGCCUGCUAAAGCCGGCAGGCACGCCUUGUCGUCCCGCCACGAGUGACUGCGACCUCCCCGAGUUCUGCACCGGCACCGCCCCGCAUUGUCCCGCGGACGUCUACCUGCUGGAUGGCUCACCCUGCGCUGAGGGGCGUGGCUAUUGCCUAGACGGCUGGUGUCCCACGCUGGAGCAGCAGUGCCAGCAGCUAUGGGGGCCUGGAUCCCAGCCGGCCCCGGAGCCGUGUUUCCAGCAGAUGAACUCCAUGGGGAAUUCGCAGGGCAACUGUGGCCAGGACAGUAAGGGUAGCUUCCUGCCUUGUGCACAGAGGGACUCACAGUGUGGGAAGCUGCUGUGCCAGGGAGGGGAGCCAAACCCACUAGUGCCGCACGUAGUGACCAUGGAUUCCACCGUUCUCUUAGACGGCCGCGAGGUGGUUUGCCGAGGGGCCUUCGUGCUCCCUGAUACUCACCCGUACCAGCUUGACCUGGGUCUGGUGGAGCCAGGCACCCGCUGUGGACCUAGAAUGGUGUGCUGGGAUAGGCACUGUCAGAAUGCUACCUCCCAGGAGCUGGACCGUUGCUUGACCGCCUGCCAUCACAAUGGGGUUUGCAAUAGCAAUCAUAACUGUCACUGUGCUGCUGGCUGGGCUCCACCCUUCUGUGACAAGCCUGGCUUGGGCGGCAGCAUGGAUAGUGGCCCUGCCCAGUCUGCAAACCCAGAUGCCUUCCCCGUGGCCAUGCUCCUCAGCUUCCUGCUGCCUCUGAUCCCUGGGGCUGGUCUAGCCUGGUGCUACUACCAGCUCCCAACACUCUGCCAUCGACCAGGACGGUGCUGCAGGAGGGACCCCCUAUGUGAUAGGGACCAACCCCUGGGCAGUGUGUACCCCGUGGAGUUUAACUCCAUCAUCGCUGGAGAGCCCUUGCACCCUCGUAAGUGUGGCACUUGGGACAGGGAGAGGGAAGUGAGGGCUGGGUCCUUGCCUCCUUCUAGAUGCUCCCUUUCUUUACCUAACACUCAACCACUUCGAUCCUCUGCCCUGCUCAGCCCCAGGGACUUCUUGCCAACAGCGCUUGCACCCUUCAUCUUUUGAAUUGUUCUCAGACCCUGAGAACUCUGAGCUUACCUAAGAACUACCCUCUGAAACUUGCGCCAUGCAGACCUGCCCAAUCCUUAUGGUAUGGAAAUACCCCGAGGCCCUCCCAUUGCCCAGUCACCAACCUGUCUCAGUUUGUUGACUGCUCCUCAGAUUUACUGGCUUGUAUAAAUCAGGAAACGAGACACUGGCCUCAGAGAAGCUGUUGUUAUAGAGGCUAGGAUGCUGGAAGCCCUAGGGGCAGGGAGGCACUGUGGUUCUUCUUGGGUCCUCAUUGAGGGAGGAAAGAUGUGCCCGGCAGGCACAUGGCUUGCAGCCUCGCCCCUGUCCUCAGUGAGCCAGAUGCUCUCCUAUACUCCGAUGGGCGAUGGCUGGAUUCCGAGAUCUUCCUCACUCCCCACAGGCAGCCCAGAGCCCCAUCACGAUGUACCCCACCCUCCCUGAGAGCUGUGCUCUUCUGAAAUGUCAGAGUGUAUCUAAUAACAAUAAAUCCACAAGCUAU